AUGUAUUUUUUAUCUACAGUGAGUUCAACGGUGUCCUGCGCUCCGGUUUUCGAUCAUCUUCGUACUUGCUUAAAAGUAACGAAAUUAAGGGAGCAUUGGGAUGAAACAAAUUCAAAAGUAUUGCAGAGAAAAGCUCAACUCGACGCCAUGUUGGGAGAUUCUCAAAGGUACGAAGCGAAACGACAGGAAGUCGACGCUUGGCUGACCCGCAUGGAAACGAGAUUGGAAAGAAUGGGAACCGUCGGACACACGGCUGACGUUUUAGAAGCUCAACUUCGCGAGCAAAAGUCGUUUCAUGCUGAACUUCAUCAAUACAAAUAUCACGUGGAACUUUUUAAUACGUUAACUCAAAAGUUGAUAGCCGUUUAUCAACAGGAUGAUACUACCAAAGUUAAAAAAAUGACUGAACAAAUAAAUCAGCGUUAUAACAAUCUCAAUACUAGUAUCGUAAAUCGUGGAAAAUCUCUUCAUUCGGCGAUGAAUUCGUUACAUAAUUUCGAUAGAUCGAUCGAUAAAUUUUUAGCUUGGCUGUCAGAAACAGAAAGUUCAUUAGAAGGAGUCGAAGCGGAUGUUGACAGAUUGGGAACGAGAAGAGAUCAGGCUGCUCUAAGACAGCUUCUUCCACGUAUAAAGGUACGAUUGAAAAUCAUUUUUUUUUAUUUUUUUGGAAAAUCGUGA